AUGGUUGAUCCCUCUUCCGAUGUUCAAGAAAGGUCUUCUGAGGUCCAGGUUGUUGUUGCCGACAAAACUCUUUUUGAAAAUUACAUAAAAAAUAUAGUCGCGGCCUUUGAUGGUGCUGAGAACGCCACUGCUCUUGAUAAGGCAAUUUCGGAUCGUAGUGCUCAAGAUGCCAUUGGGCGGUUUUUGAGUGAUGGUCAAUGUCAUGCUCUUUUGGUGCGGAAGUCGUCAAAUAAAGGUACUAUCUUCCUAAUUAACCCCGAAUAUCUAGAUGACGAUGAUGAAAGUGAUGGUGCGGAUCCCACAUUUUCCUACACCAUUUCCACUGACGUUCACUACACGAACCCGAAAAUACAAAGAGAUGGGGAUAAAGUUGCUCCAAGUGUUGAAAAGAAAAUAGCUGAACUCGAGAUUGGCCUUCUUCAUCUACAACAGAAUAUCGAUAUUCCUGAAAUAGCUCUCAAUAUAAAUCCUACCGUACUUCAAGUCAUAAAGAAAUGUGAAGAAGAACGUAGACGUGCGAAGGUGUCUGAUUUCGAAGCCUACCUCCAGGAUUCAUCUUUUUUAAAUUCGCUACAAUCUGGUGUAAAUCGCUGGAUCAAAGAUAUCCAGAAGGUAACAAACCUCAACCGUGAUCCAUCUACUGGAACAGCACUUCAGGAAGUGACUUUUUGGUUAAAUCUCGAGCGAGCUUUGUCUCGUAUUCAAGAAAAACGGUCCUCACUUGAAGUUACUCUCACUCUUGAAAUAUUGAGGACUGCCAAGCGGUUUUUGGCCACGGUCAGUUUUGAUUCUGAUACGGGCCUGACACGCGCUAUUGACAUGGUGAAUGACUACAACCCACUCAUGAAAGACUUUCCAUUAAAUGAUCUUCUUUCUGCUACGGAAUUGGAUAAAAUCAAACUUGCUCUUCAAGCCAUUUUCACACACCUGAGAAAAAUUCGCAAUACUAAGUAUCCAAUCCAACGAUGUCUCAAAUUAAUCGAAGCCAUAUCUCGAGAUCUUACAUCACAACUCUUGAAGGUUCUUGGUACACGGCGUCUCAUGCACAUGCCCUAUGACGAAUUCGAUCAUAUCAUGACUGCCUGUUUUGAUGUAUUCGGUGUAUGGGAUGAUGAGUACGAAAAGAUUCAAAGUUUGCUGCGUGAAAUUUGCAAGAAGAAGCGUGAGGAACCUAUACGGAUGGUCUGGCGAACAAAUCUUGCCCAUCGCCUCCUCCAAGCUCGUCUAGACAAUCUUCGCAAAUUAUGGCAUCAACAUGAGCAGCUCCGUUUGGUCAUUGUUCGUGUCAGGCCGACUACGAGAACCUCCACCACCCAACCUGAAACUGCCAAGGCUAAGAUGGUGGAAGAUGAACCAAAACAGCACCACGAGGAGCCUCUUCUUGACGCGGCAGAUGCGAAUGCCAUUGAUGACGUCAAUAAAGCCUUUGAAUUAGUAAAAGAAGUUGAUUGUCUUGACUUAAGCAAAGAAGGAAUGGAAGUAUGGGACGCUACCAUCAAGCGUUAUGAGGAGCGCAUUGAUGGCGUGGAGACUCGAAUUGCCGCUAGGUUGCGAGAUCUCCUGGGAACUGCAAAAAGUGCCAAUGAAAUGUUCCGCUACUUUUCACGCUUUAACGCACUCUUCGUGCGUCCUCACAUUCGCGGAGCUAUUCGGGAGUAUCAAACUCAACUGAUAAAUCGAGUCAGAGAGGAUAUCGAAGCUCUGCACGAAAAAUUCAAAAACCAAUAUCGCUUUAGUCGAGCCUCCCGUUUAAGUAAACUGCGCGACAUUCCACCUGUUGCCGGCUCCAUAAUCUGGGCGCGGCAGAUUGAAGAACGACUAAAUACCUACCUUCGGAGAGUGGAAGAUGUUUUGGGCAAGUUAUCCGAUUAUUGUUUUUCUCGUAAGGGUUGGGAGCACCAUCGCGAGGGCCAGGAUCUCAAAUCGAAUGGAAAGGAUUUCAAGGCAAAGUUGAAUACAAAUGGCAUAUUUGAUGAGUGGUGUCGCAAGGUACAGCAAAAUCAAUUCAACGCAACCCGUCGUAUUUUCUGUGUUGAACCUGUUCGCGUAAAAAUACCCAACAAGGACGGAUCUACUCAAACCACAACAAUGAUGAAGCUGGCAGUCACUUUUGUGCUCGAUGUUAUCACGCUAUCUAAAGAGGUGCGCUGCAUGAAAGCAAUGGGAUUUCGAGUGCCUCUUUCAAUAGUGAAUCGCGCACACCAGACCAAUAUAUUAUACCCCUCGGCGACCUCCCUAAAUCAAAGUGUUCAAAUCUACGAAGCGAUCUGCGCCAAAAUAGACGCGAAUAAUGCUCAAAAUCUGGCACUCUUAUGCGCUGGCCUGCGCCGUGAAGCCCAAAGCCUAAUAUCCGAGGGUGUUCAGUUGAAUUGGGAUUCCUAUCGGCUGUCAAAUUUUGUUCAAAAGUUUGCGGAAGCUAUCCUUCAAUUUCAAGAGAAAGUGGAGGAUUUGCUUCAAGUCACUCGAGAGAUUGAUUUGCAAUUGAAAGCACUUGUAACGUGUCCUUAUUCAAAGGAGUCAUUUGAGGAAAUAAUUGGAAAGAUUCAAAAGCUCGUUGACGACUUAAAUCUUCACAAGUACUCAAACUUGGCUGAAUGGGUAGCGAAAUUGGACGUAGAGGUUGAGAAUCGCCUUAUUACUCGUCUCGAAGCCGGUAUCCGCGAGUGGACGCGUGUUUUGCAUACGGAUGAAAAGCAAUCGGGGGAGGCUAAGGACGCGGAUUCAUCGAUGUCCACCUCAAUGGUGGUCUCUCAGCAGCGCCUCGGUGGCGAGCCCAAAAUUAAACAGAUUUUCCUUGAACUGCGCAUCACUAACCAACAAAUGCACCUGCAUCCCAGCAUCGAAGUUGCGUCUCACGAGCUCUUUUCUCAACUUACUGCCUGGCAAAAUAUCAUUCUUAAUCUUCCCCGUAUUCAACACUCUCGCUAUCAGGUCGGAUUUAACACUGAGGAGGAGUCUCAGAAAUUCAACAUGAACCUCAUAUCGAGACUUUCGAAGGAGAGUGAUGUACUUAUUCAUGCUCAUGAUGCUAUUUUCGGUAUUCUUAGUGAAACAGAGGAAUAUGUGAAAACUUGGACGAGUUAUCAAGCCCUGUGGGAUCUUCAAGUGGACCAAGUGUGGAUGAAUGUACUGGACGAAAUUAAGGUUAUGCGAAGACACUUCGAUGUCGCUGAGACUCAAAAGGCUUUCGGUCCAAUCGUCAUAGUUUUCGACAAGGUUCAAUCAAAGGUUACACUUAAAUACGACAGCUGGCAUAAAGAAAUUCUCAGUAAAUUUGGCAGCAACCUUGGUAGUGAGAUGCAGGAUUUCUACAAACAAGUUUCUGAAGCCCGAACUGAGUUGGAGAAGCGUUCUGUUGAUUCGAAGUCGACGAGCGAUGCGGUGAACACAAUCACGUACACCCAGUCUCUCAAACGCAAGCUGAAGCAAUGGGAAAAACAGGUUAACCUUUAUAAAACAGGUCAGAACAUUCUCUAUCGUGAUCGUUUCCAAUUUCCCAAUAACUGGCGAGACUCAGAAAACAUUCAGGGUGAAUGGAGUGCUUUUCAGGAGAUCUUGCGUCGCAAGGAAUCGAGUAUUUCCUCAGAAGUGGCAAGUCUGCAGAUGAAGAUUGUCACUGAAGAUAAGGCAGUUGAGGGAAAGACAGCAGAACUCUUGAAUAGUUGGCAUAAGGAAAAACCUAUUCAAGGCAAUAUGAAGCCGGAUGAGGCUGUAAAGGCUCUGACUAUCCUUGAAGGGCAAUUCUUGCGACUAAAAGAGGAAAGGGCAAACAUUCAGCGUGCCAAGGAAGCCCUAGAGCUUACUGAAGAAGGUGUUUUGCCGCCCAGUGAAGAGAGAGUUAAUGUGGCACUUGAGGAACUUCAGGUCAUGCAAGAUCUUAAAAAUGUGUGGAUUGAACUUUCUCGCUUCUGGGAGGAGAUUGAUCAGCUUCGUGAAACACCCUGGCAAUCGGUACAGCCACGUAAAAUCCGUCAGCAGAUUGAUGAGAUGGUGCGUCGACUGAAGGAGGUGCCUGCGCGUCUCCGGCAUUAUGCAGCUUACGAGCACAUCAGGCACACUGUUCAGAACUUCGCCAAGGUCAAUCCCAUUGUCAUCGAUCUCAAAUCAGAAGCUCUCAAGGAGCGCCACUGGCGCACCCUUAUUCGUAAAUUGAAUGUCAAUUGGGUUAUGUCGGAACUUACUCUCGGCCAGUUGUGGGACAUUGAUUUGCAGAAAAAUGAGGCCGUUAUUCGUGACGUCUUCCUCGUGGCGCAGGGUGAAAAAGCGUUGGAAGAGUUUAUGAAACAAGUUACUGAAGUUUGGAAGACUUACGAGCUGGAUUUAGUGAUCUAUCAGAACCGCUGUCGUCUCAUUCGUGGGUGGGAUGACCUCUUUAGUCGGGUUAAAGAACACAUCAACAGCGUUGAAGCGAUGAAGUUGUCACCCUACUUCAAACAAUUCGAAGAAGAGGCUCUAACGUGGGAGGAUAGGUUGAAUAGGAUCAAUGCGCUCUUCGACGUCUGGAUUGAUGUUCAAAGAAGAUGGGUGUACUUGGACGGCAUUUUCUCGGGGUCCGCUGAUAUCAAAACUCUGCUUGCUCAGGAGUCUCAACGCUUUUCUAGUCACUUCAAGAAAAUGUUCGCAGGUGUAAACGCGAUCAAGCUAAACGAGGAGUGUACUGAGGUCCUAGGCUUGAUAUCGAAGGAAGGCGAGGAAGUUGACUUGGUUCAUCCGAUUUCUAUCAAGGACAAUCCUACAAUUAAUGACUGGCUUUCACUACUUGAGAAGGAAAUGCGUAUCACACUUGCCAGUUACCUGGGUUAUGCUGUCGCUGAAUUGCAGAAACUUCGGUCGGCUUCAGAACUUGAAUCAACUGGUUUCCUCGCCUGGUUGGAUCGGUACCAGGCUCAGCUAGUUGUCCUAGCGGCCCAAAUCUGUUGGUCGGAAUCUGUAGACGCCGCCUUGAACAAUCCUAAAUCUUCUGAUUCUCUCACGGCCUGCCUUCGCUCCGUAGAGGCGAUGCUUACGCUACUUGCUGACACCGUGCUUAGUGAACAGCCGCCCAUUCGCCGACGCAAGCUCGAACAUCUCAUAAUGGAGCAUGUUCACCAGCGUGACAUCCUCCGAGUGCUCAUCCAAGCAGGUGUUAAUUCCUCUCAAUCUUUUGAGUGGCUCUCCCAGAUGCGUUUCUACUUCGAUCCCAAACAAUCCGAUCCGCUGGCCCAAAUAUCCAUUCACAUGGCGAACGCGAAAUUUGCCUAUGGCUUCGAGUACCUCGGUGUAAUGGAUCGUCUUGUGCAAACUCCACUAACGGAUCGUUGUUAUCUGACGAUGACACAGGCUCUCGAGGCGCGUCUCGGUGGAUCGCCUUUUGGUCCUGCAGGUACGGGAAAGACGGAGUCUGUGAAGGCCCUCGGCAUGCAAUUAGGUCGCUUCGUUCUCGUCUUCAAUUGUGAUGAGACCUUCGAUUUUCACGCAAUGGGUCGAAUUUUCGUCGGUCUUUGCCAAGUCGGUGCAUGGGGCUGCUUCGAUGAGUUUAAUCGUCUAGAAGAAAGAAUGCUUUCUGCAGUUUCACAGCAAAUUCAGGGUAUUCAAGAAGCAUUAAGAGAUCAAUCGACUGGUAAAGAUGUUACUGUGGAGCUUCUUGGAAAAAAUGUUUCUGUCAACCCUGAUAUGGCAAUCUUUAUUACGAUGAACCCUGGGUAUGCCGGCCGUUCGAAUUUGCCAGACAACCUAAAAAAACUUUUCCGUUCCUUGGCUAUGACUCAGCCAGAUCGUCAACUGAUUGCCCAAGUCAUGCUGUACUCACAGGGCUUCCGCACUGCGGAGCUGCUGUCAAACAAGGUUGUCCCUCUAUUCAAGUUGUGUGACGAGCAACUUUCUCCUCAGUCUCAUUACGACUUCGGGCUGCGUGCACUGAAAUCGGUGUUGGUUUCAGCUGGCAAUGUGAAGCGCGAUCGAAUCAAAAGAAUUAAGGAUGAACUUCACUCUAAGAACGAGGCAGUAAAUGAGUCCAACAUUGCUGAACAUCUUCCAGAGCAGGAAAUUCUCAUUCAAUCGAUAAUGGAAACAAUGGUGCCUAAGCUAGUUGCUCAAGACAUACCGCUCUUGUACUCGCUGCUCAAGGACGUUUUCCCGGGCGUAUCUUAUAGCGCGUCGCCAAUGGAAGACCUACGUCGUGAGUUGAAACGAGUGUGCGAAGAAAUGUACUUAGUCUACAGCGAUGACACAUCGGAUAGCGGUACCGGUGGCGCUCUCUGGGUUCAAAAAGUGCUUCAGCUCUAUCAAAUCACUUGUAUUCACCACGGUCUAAUGAUGGUUGGUCCCAGCGGAAGUGGAAAAUCUAUGGCUUGGCGUGCCCUUCUCAAGGCUUUGGAGCGCGUGGAAGGUAUUGAGGGUGUCGCCCACGUUAUCGACCCCAAGUCCAUCAGCAAGGAUUCACUAUAUGGCUACCUUGAUCCAAACACUCGAGAAUGGACCGAUGGUCUUUUCACUCACACUUUACGAAAGAUCAUUGAUAGUAUUCGUGGUGAAUCUCAAAAACGACAGUGGAUCAUUUUCGACGGUGAUGUGGAUCCCGAGUGGGUUGAAAAUUUGAACUCCGUUCUGGACGACAAUAAGCUGCUAACUUUGCCCAAUGGUGAACGUCUCGGGAUCCCACCAAACGUUCGCAUUAUGUUUGAAGUACAGGACCUACGUUAUGCCACCUUAGCCACUGUCUCGCGUUGUGGGAUGGUCUGGUUCUCUGAGGAUAUUGUUACCCCCGAAAUGGUAAUGACAAACUUCCUUCGAUAUCUGCAGAAUGUGCCCGUAGACGAAGAUGAGGACGCUGACCUAAGUUUUGCUGUUUCCGCUUCACUCACUGCACCAAGUGCAGGGGGAGAUCAAGUUGUUUCCUCUCCAGUUGAAGGCGCUCCAGUGUCCGUCAGCCCCACCAUUCAGACACAACGUGACAUCGCAAACAUGCUUGUACCGCAUUUUGGCAGCAACGGUUUGGUGUCACGUUGUCUCGAGUUUGCUAAAGACCUCGAUCACAUCAUGGACUUCACACAGCUUCGUGCACUUACCAGUCUCUUUUCUCUCCUGAAACAAGCAGUAAGAGCCGUGCUUGUGCAUAAUGCCUCACAUACCGACUUCCCAAUGCCUGUGGAUCAAAUGGAGUCGUUUGUAAGCAAAUCUCUUGUUAAUGGAAUUAUCUGGUCCAUGGCCGGGGAUGGCUCUGCCAACGUUCGUAUGCAAAUGAGCGAUUUUGUGCGACAGGUAACAACGAUCCCUCUACCUCCUCCUGGUAUGCCGAUUAUUGAUUAUGAAGUCGCUGUCACUGGUGAAUGGCAACCAUGGAUCAAUAAGGUUCCCAUCAUCGAGGUAGAGUCGCACAAAAUCAAUACAAUGGACGUUGUUGUUCCUACGCUUGAUACUGUUCGUCAUGAAGCUCUUCUUUACACCUGGUUGGCUGAACAUAGACCAAUGGUUCUUUGUGGUCCCCCUGGCUCUGGUAAAACCAUGACUCUCUUCAGUGCUCUAAGAAGUCUCCCCGACAUGGAGGUAAUUGGAUUGAAUUUCUCCAGUGCUACCACUCCCGAAUUGAUGCUGAAGACUUUUGAUCAGUACUGUGAAUAUCGCAAGACGCCUCAUGGCCUUGUUCUUGCUCCACAACAAAUUAACAAGUGGCUUGUUUUCUUCUGUGAUGAAAUCAACCUACCAAACGAAGAUAAAUAUGGCACACAAAGGGUAAUCAGUUUCCUCCGACAGAUGUUAGAACACUCAGGUUUCUAUCAGACUAGUGACAUGCAGUGGGUUCGAUUCGAAAGAAUUCAAUUUGUUGGUGCUUGCAAUCCUCCCACUGAUCCGGGAAGAAAGCCACUUUCGCACCGUUUUCUACGCCAUGUCCCAGUUGUCUACGUUGACUAUCCUGGCGAAAUGUCACUCAAGCAAAUUUAUGGUACUUUCAAUCGCGCCAUGCUUCGAAUGCUUCCUACCCUACGAUCUCAGGCUGAUGCACUCACUAAUGCCAUGGUGGAUUUCUAUCUUCGAUCUCAAAAGCGCUUUACAAUCGAUAUGCAGCCUCACUAUAUUUACAGUCCUCGUGAGUUGACUCGUUGGGUUCGCGGCAUUCAUGAAGCUCUUAAACCACUCGAGUCGCUCUCCGUUGAAGGCCUGGUACGCAUUUGGGCUCAUGAAGCUUUGAGACUUUUUCAAGAUCGACUUAUUCAUGAUAAUGAGCGGUUGUGGACGGAUCAGAAUGUUGACGAAGUUGCUAUGACCUAUUUUCCAUUUAUCGACCGUGUAGCUGCCCUUCAGCGUCCAAUACUGUUUAGUAAUUGGCUUUCGAAGGACUACGUCGCCGUCGACCAGGAGGCGCUUCGUGAAUACGUCAAAGCCCGGCUAAAAGUAUUUUAUGAAGAAGAAUUGGAUGUACCUCUUGUUCUCUUUAAUCAGGUGCUUGAUCACGUUCUUCGAAUUGACAGAGUUUUCAGGCAAGCUCAGGGUCAUCUGCUCCUGAUCGGUAUUAGCGGGGCUGGUAAAACCACUCUCUCUCGUUUCGUUUCAUGGAUGAACGGUCUCUCUGUAUUCCAAGUGAAAGUGCAUAACAAAUACACUGCAGAAGAUUUCGAUGAGGACCUAAGAAAUGUUCUUCGACGCUCUGGUUGUAAGGGAGAAAAGAUAACUUUCAUCAUGGAUGAGUCCAAUGUGAUGGACUCAAGCUUCUUGGAAAGAAUGAAUACACUGCUUGCGAACGGUGAAGUACCCGGUCUGUUCGAAGGGGAUGAAUUUGCGGCCUUGAUGACUCAAUGCAAAGAGGGUGCAGCACGGGAGGGCCUUGUGGUUGACUCACAGGAAGAGCUUUAUAAGUGGUUCACGAAUCAGAUAUGUCGAAAUCUCCAUGUCGUUUUUACUAUGAAUCCAUCUUCUGAUGGACUAAAAGACAAAGCAGCUACUUCGCCUGCAUUGUUUAACAGGUGUGUUCUCAACUGGUUCGGCGAUUGGUCACUUGAAGCUUACUUCCAGGUCGGCAAAGAAUUCACAGAAAAGCUUGAUCUUGAGUGUUCUGAUUACCAGAGGCCGGAAGUAAUGCCAUAUGUCGCUCAGGGGUUGCUACCUGAUAUGCCCACCUAUCGCGACAUGGUUGUGAACGCCUUCGUUUUUGUGCAUCAGUCCCUUCAGCGCGCCAACGAACGUCUGCAGAAGCGCGGAGGUCGCACUAUGGCUAUCACUCCGCGCCACUUCCUCGACUUCAUCAGCCAUUAUGUCAAGUUGAUUGGUGAAAAGAGGUCCGACUUGGAGGAGCAACAACUGCAUCUGAAUGUUGGUUUACAAAAAAUUAGGGAGACAGUACAGCAAGUUGAAGUGAUGCAGAAAUCGUUGACGAAGAAGAGCAAGGAGUUAGAGGAAAUGAAUGAGGCUGCGAAUGCAAAGUUGAAACAGAUGGUCAAGGAUCAACAAGAAGCUGAACAAAAGAAAACCACCAGUCAAAGUCUACAGGUUGAAUUGGGGAAACAAAGAGAGUAUAUUAAGGAAAAGAGAGCACUGGUUGUGGAGGAACUCAGUCAGGUGGAACCUGCUGUGAAUGAUGCCAAACAGGCUGUGGAGGGUAUCCGUAAAAAGGAUAUUCAGGAAAUUAAGGCCAUGCGGAACCCACCUCCCGCUGUCAAAAUGGCUCUUGAAGCCAUCUGUCUUUUGUUGGGUGAGAAGUCAACAGAAUGGCGUCAGAUUCUAACCGUCAUUGUCAAGGAUUCCUUUGUCCCAAGCAUCCUCAACUUUGAUACUGAGGAAAUCACCGAUUCAAUCCGUGAGACAAUGAAGAAGAAAUACAUUGAAAACCCAGAAUUCAAUUAUGAAAAGGUGAACCGAGCCAGUACAGCUUGUGGACCAAUGGUCAAAUGGGCUAUUGCGCAGAUUGGAUACGCAGAUAUUCUGAAGAAGGUGGAACCUCUUCGAGACGAAUUAAAGGCUCUUGAGGAUGCGGCCAGUGCAAAUGAAAAGAAGGCUGAGGAUGUGGAAGCAACAAUAGAGACUCUUGAGAAGUCGAUUGCCAGAUACAAAGACGAAUAUGCCGUCCUAAUUAGUCAAGCCCAGUCAAUCAAGGCUGAUUUGGCCUCAGUUGAAGCCAAGGUCGAACGCUCAGUGGCGUUGAUUAAGUCAUUGAGCAGCGAACGCACGCGUUGGGAGGCGGGCUCGGAGACAUUCAAGUCGCAAAUGGCCACAAUUAUCGGAGAUUGUCUUCUCUCCUCAGCAUUCAUGGCCUACGCUGGUUAUUUUGACCAGAGUCUGCGUCUUAGUCUAGUCUCUUCAUGGGCCAUCCAUCUGAAGGCCGCUGGCAUCCAGUUCAGGCCUGAUCUGGCUCGUGUUGAGUACCUAUCAACUCCUGAUGAGCGAUUACGUUGGCAAGCCAGUGUUCUGCCCGAUGACGAGCUCAGUGUUGAGAACGCCAUUAUCCUUCACCGAUUCAAUCGAUAUCCUCUUAUCAUCGAUCCAAGCGGUCAGGCCAUUGAAUUCCUUAUGGAAGAGUACAAAGCAAAGAAAAUCGCUAAAACCUCCUUCCUUGAUGAUGCUUUCAGGAAGACCCUUGAAUCCUCGCUUCGGUUCGGGACACCACUUCUGGUGCAAGAUGUUGAAUCAUACGAUCCUAUUCUCAAUCCUGUUCUUAAUCGUGAAGUUAGACGCACAGGCGGUCGCACUCUUAUUACGCUGGGCGAUCAGGACAUUGACCUGUCCCCUACAUUUAUCAUUUUCCUUUCUACACGUGAUCCUUCGGUGGAUUUUGCACCUGACGUUUGCUCUAGAGUUACAUUUGUCAACUUUACAGUGACCCAUAGCAGUCUCCAGAGUCAGUGUCUCAAUGCGGUACUGAAAGCGGAAAGACCAGAUGUUGACAAUAAACGAUCAGAUCUAUUGAAGAUGCAAGGUGAAUUCCAGUUGAGACUGCGCCAUUUGGAGAAGGAUUUGUUGCAGGCCCUUAAUGCUGCUGAGGGCAAUUUACUGGAUGAUGAUAAGAUCAUUACGAACCUGGAGACUCUAAAGAAAGAGGCCGGAGAGGUUGCCAAGAAGGUGGAGGAGACGGAUGCUAUCAUGGCAGAAGUGGACAACGUCUCACAGCAGUAUGUGCCCCUCUCACAGGCCUGCUCAGGCAUCUAUUUCACUUUGGACGCUCUCAACCAGGUGCACUUCCUCUAUCAGUAUUCACUGCAAUUUCUUCUUUCCAUUUUCAACGUUGUCCUUACUCAAAAUGAAAAUCUCAAAGGCGUCAAUGACAGUAAAACAAGGUUGGACAUUAUCACCAAGGACCUCUUUCAAGUCACUUACAACCGUGUUGGUCGUGGAAUGCUGCACAGCGACCAGAUUACAUUUGCUGUGUUAUUGGCGCGUAUUUAUUUGAAGGGCAAGGCAUCAGCAGGUGUGACCUUUGAAUCGGAAUUCUCCGUCUUCCUUCAUGGUCAGGAUAGCGCAAGCCUGUUGACUAGCAAGAAUCUGCCCGAUAUUAAGGGCCUCACCGUUGAGCAACGGGCCGCACUUAGCAGACUGCAGAGUCAGCUACCAGCUUUCAGGAAUAUUGUCCCAUCUAUUAGAAAUGAACUACGCUUCAAUGCUUGGCUAGAAACUGUCUCUCCUGAGACUGAAGUCCCAACGUUGUGGGAGUUGUCCGCCGCUCAAGCCACUCCAGUGGGCACCGCGAUCCAUAGUCUGCUGCUCAUUCAGGCGCUUCGACCAGAUCGUCUCCUAGCUUGUGCUCACAUGCUGGUUUUCGCGGUGUUUGGCCAAAGCUUCAUGGACGCUACUCGUGCUAACCUCGAUCUGGGUUCACUCGUUGAGCAAGAAAUCAAAGCUAAUGUUCCCGUUCUUCUUUGCGCUACUCCGGGCUUCGACCCGAGUGGACGCGUGGAGGAUCUUGCUGCCGAUUCGAAGAAAACUCUUACUGGGAUAGCCAUCGGCUCCACCGAAGGUUUCUCGCAGGCGGAAAAGGCUAUCAAUGCGGCUGUGAAGCAGGGCAAGUGGGUGAUGCUGAAGAACGUUCAUCUCGCACCAUCGUGGCUCGUUCAGCUGGAAAAGAAGCUCCACUCGUUCCAGCCCCACCCCAACUUUCGCCUAUUCCUUACUAUGGAAAUUAACCCGAGGCUGCCCGUCAACCUUCUUCGUUCUGGUCGAGUGCUCGUCUUCGAACCGCCACCGGGCAUUAAGGCGAGCCUUUUGCGCACCUUCGCCAACAUCUCAACAACCAGGAUGUCUCGUGCUCCGGCUGAGCGCUCUCGUCUUUAUUUCUUGCUGGCUUGGUUCAAUGCUGUUGUGCAGGAACGCCUUCGCUACGCUCCGCUGGGUUGGACCAAGCGCUACGAGUUUAACGAAUCUGAUCUCAAGUCAGCCUGCGACACCAUCGACACCUGGGUGGACAGUGCCAGCAAAGGCCGCUCUAAUCUGCCACCCAACCAAAUCCCCUGGUCCGCCAUUCGCCAGCUCAUGUCUCAGUGUAUUUACGGUGGUCGUAUCGAUAAUGACUUCGACCAAACUCUUUUGGACACAUUCCUCUCGCGCCUCUUCACUGAGCAUAGCUUUGAUCAUGAUUUCGUUCUCGUCAAGGACGUGGAUGGCCAGGCAGGCAAGAGCAUCCUUAUCCCAGAAGGCACUUCGCGCGAGGAAUUAGUUGCAUGGAUCAAGAAACUUCCCGCUGUCCAGACCCCCUCUUGGCUCGGCUUGCCUAACAAUGCGGAGAAGGUGCUUUUGACCAACAUGGGGCAAGAAGUGAUUGGAAAUUUGCUUAAGAUGCAGCAGGCGGUCAGCGCAGACGACUUGCUAUCCGCCUCGGAGGUCGCAGCAACGACUCUCGUCAAGCGCGUCUCUGUAGAUGAAGGUGACACCAGACCCAUGUGGAUCCGACAGCUUCAAUCCAGCGCAGACACGUGGAAAUCGCUGCUCCCCGAUCGCCUAAGACCUCUGGAGAGGACGGCGGAAAAUAUUGCUGAUCCUCUGUUUCGUUGCUUUGAUCGGGAAGUCAAUGCUGGUGCUACGCUCCUCAAUACUGUUCGUGAUGACCUUAGGAAUGUAAUCAAGGUGUGCUCUGGCACGAUUAAGCCAACCAACUAUCACCGCGAUUUAAUGUCAGAUUUGGCCAAGGGUCUCAUACCCGCGUCUUGGCGUCGCUACUACACAAUACCCUCGACACUGACUGUGAUCCAGUGGAUCAAUGACUUUGCGGCGCGCAUCCGUCAGCUGAUAGAGAUCAGCGAGGCAGCCUCUUCGACAGACUACGGCAGCCUGCGAGGCCUGCAGGUCUGGCUAGGCGGCCUGUUCAUGCCCGAGGCUUACAUCACGGCUACGCGGCAGGCAGUGGCUCAGACCCACGGAUGGGCCCUUGAGGAGCUCUUUCUCAGCAUGGAGCUUGUUAUCGGUGCACAGAAGGAGAGACCACCACCUCUUCCCGCCGACGGAUGCUCCUUUGUGGUCAGCGGGCUCCGUCUAAUGGGCGCUGAGCCUGCCGAUGCCAAGACCAUCUGCCUCUCUCAUUCUAUCUUCUAUGAAAUGCCUUUUACAAUUCUUAAGUGGAUUCGGGUUGUGAGGGAUGAACAAGGUGUGAUUGACGCCAAUACUGUGAAACUACCUGUCUACUUAAAUGCUGCCCGUUCUGUGCUUCUCUUCACUGUCGGCCUCCAUACGAGGGAGCCUGGUAGCGAGUUCUACAAACGCGGAGUUGCACUCCUCUCCUCUCCACUGGGGUGA